ACGCCGCCAAGCUCAGUUUGACUGAGUGCGGAGCUGCUGAAGCGGCUCAUCCUGACGAGAAAACUGCUCGACCCCCCCGGAAAACAUCACCUGUGGACGGGGAGAUGAAGCGGCUGUGAGCCCGAGCUCUCGGUGAGGGAAAAGCCGCCGACUGGACACUGUUGUCGCUGAACUGCAGUCUGACCGGUGGUAGACUCUCACUCAGCUCAUCCGCUCAUCUUCAUCAUGGCGAAAGAUGCUGGACUCAAGGAAACGAAUGGAGAGAUUAAGCUGUUUGUCAACCAGAGUCCUGGAAAAGCUGCAGGUGUGCUUCAGCUUCUGACUGUUCAUCCAGCGUCCAUCACUACAGUCAAACAGAUUCUGCCUAAAACUCUGACGGUCGCUGCGGGAGCUCAUGUGCUGCCACACGUGGUGGUCAGCACCCCUCAAAGGCCCGCCGUCCCUGUCCUGUUGACCAGUCCACACACACCUAUAGCCCAGACGCAGGAGUCCUCGCCCUGGUCCAGCGGGUGUAGCAGGAAGGCUGAUAAGAGCGGGAAGGGUUUGCGUCAUUUCUCCAUGAAGGUGUGUGAGAAGGUGCAGAAGAAGGUGGUGACGUCCUACAAUGAGGUGGCAGACGAGCUGGUGCAGGAAUUCAGCUCUGCAGACCACAGCAGCAUCUCCCCCAAUGAUGCGCACGUGUAUGACCAGAAGAACAUUCGGCGGCGGGUUUAUGAUGCCCUCAACGUCCUGAUGGCCAUGAACAUCAUCUCCAAAGACAAGAAGGAGAUCAAAUGGAUCGGCUUUCCCACUAACUCAGCGCAGGAGUGUGAGGAUCUGAAGGCCGAGCGUCAGAGGCGACAGGAGAGAAUCAAGCAGAAGCAGUCUCAGCUGCAGGAGCUCAUUCUGCAGCAAAUCGCCUUCAAGAACCUGGUGCAGCGUAACCGUGAGGCGGAGCAGCAGAGUAAGAGAUCUCCCUCUGCGAACACCAUCAUCCAGCUGCCCUUCAUCAUCAUCAACACCAGCAAGAAGACCGUCAUUGACUGCAGCAUCUCCAAUGACAAGUUCGAGUAUCUGUUCAACUUCGACAGCAUGUUCGAGAUCCACGAUGACGUGGAGGUGCUGAAGCGUCUGGGUCUGGCGUUGGGUCUGGAGUCGGGCCGCUGCAGUGCGGAGCAGAUGAAGAUCGCCACAUCACUGGUUUCUAAAGCUCUGCAGCCCUACGUCACCGAGAUGGCACAGGGCUCCGUCAACCAGCUGAUCGAUUUUUCCCAUGUGGCUGCUGAGCGUCGUGCCUCCAGCUCCACCAGCUCACGUGUGGAGACUCCCACAUCCCUGAUGGAGGAGGACGAGGAAGAUGAAGAAGACGACUACGAGGAAGAGGACGACUAGAGCUGCACGCUGUGAUCCUGCUGUAAGGAUUCCCUCAAACGCUUCCCAUAAUGCUCAGCUCAGUCUGUGAUCUGCUGGGGCUUAUGAGCAGAUGAGCUGGACUGAUCGUCUUUGUGCUACUGAUUCACGCCAGCGCUGAGGUUUUUACACUCUUCUCUUGUGGUUUUGCUCUCAUAGGCAGCUAUUUUUGAUAUCCCAGCUUUUUCUGGACGCUUCUCAACAGCUCUGAGCUAGCGUCCGGCCCUUUUGUACAAUGCAAUACUACAGAACGUAUACUUUUCUUAUUCUUGUAUAGAGAUUAAAGUGAAGGGUGGAUUUA